AUGGACGACGAGGCCGCCGAGUCCGCUGCCCCCCACGACGGCAUGUCGCCGCGCCGGUACCUGGCCACGCGCCUGACCACCCUCAAGCCGCCCAUGCUGCCGGUCCCGAACCCGUGGAGGCUGCUGCGCAUGCUCAACGGCCAGCAGUGGGCCUUUUUCGCCCUGUCGUUUUUCGCCUGGACGUGGGAUGCCUUUGACUUCUUCACCGUCUCCCUGACCGUCGGCGAUCUCGCCAAGGACUUUGGCAAAACGCCAACCGACAUCACGUGGGGGAUCACGCUGGUGCUCAUGUUUCGCUCGGUCGGGUCCAUUCUGUUUGGCAUUGCUAGCGAUCGCUACGGCCGCCGGUGGCCGUUUAUCGUCAACAACCUGCUGUUUAUCGUGUUGGAGCUGGGAACCGGCUUCUGCCAGACCUACGGGCAGUUUCUCGCGUGCCGCGCGCUCUUUGGCGUGGCCAUGGGCGGCCUGUACGGCAACGUGGCCGCCACGGCUCUGGAGGAUUUGCCAGAGGAAGCCCGUGGCCUCAUGAGCGGUCUCCUCCAGCAAGGCUACGCCUUUGGCUACCUGCUCUGCACCGCCUUUGCGCGCGGCCUCGUCGACACCACGUCGCACGGCUGGCGCCCGCUGUACUGGUUCGCCGCCUGCCCGCCCGUGCUCUUCAUCGCCGUCCGGCUGGUCCUCCCCGAGACGCGCGUGUUCCGGGAGCGCCAGCGGCUGCGCAAAGAGGCCGGCUCGGCGGGCCGGUCGGCCAGCUCCGUCUUCCUCAGCGAGGGCAAGGUGGCCCUCAGGCGCCACUGGCUGCUGCUGACGUACCUGGUGCUGCUCAUGGCCGGCUUCAACUUCAUGAGCCACGGGUCGCAGGACCUGUACCCCACCAUGCUGCAGAACCAGCUGGGCUUCGGCAAGGACGGCGUGACGGUGACGCAGGUGGUGGCCAACCUGGGCGCCAUGGCGGGCGGGUCCGUCGUCGGCUUCUGCAGCCAGUCGGUGGGCCGCCGGCUCAGCAUCGUGGCCUGCUGCGUGGUCGGCGGCGCGCUGCUCUACCCCUACGGCUUCGUCUCCAGCCGCGCCGUCAUCGCCGCCGCCUUCUGGGAGCAGUUUUGCGUGCAGGGCGCCUGGGGCGUCAUCCCCAUCCACCUGAUGGAGCUGUCGCCCGGCGCCUUCCGCACCUUUGUCGUCGGCACCGCCUACCAGCUCGGCAACCUGGUGUCGUCGGCGUCGUCGACCAUCGAGGCGCGCCUGGGGGAGCGUUUCCCGCUGAGCCCGACGACGGCCGGGGGGGCCCAUCGCUACGACUACGGCAAGGUGAUUGCGUGCUUCAUGGCGUGCGUGUACGCCUACACGCUGGCGCUGACGCUGCUGGGGCCGGAGCACCUGCGGCGCCGGUUCGACGUCGGCCACGACGCGGACGCGCGGGCGGCGGUGGGCGACGACGCCGUCGCCAGGGUGGCGGGGGGGGCGAGGGCCGACGACAAGGCGGAGACGGAGGAGGAAGAAAAGGGGGGGUUUUCAGUCCGGUGA